UUCUUCAUACUCUCUUUUCUCCUCAUUCCUUUCACAUAAUUUGAUAGAAAAUCUCCAUAUUUCCAAGUCCUGAAAAAUGUCUCCUCAAAGAAUUCCUGAUAUAAAAGCUGUAUUUUCUGCAGCAGCCUCUCUUGCUGCUUCGGCAAUGCUUAUUCGAAGUGUUGCAAAUGAAUUCCUCCCACCAGGGAUCCAUAACUUUUUCUUCUCUGGAUUUCAUCACCUUUCUCACCAUUUCUCUUCUCAGUUCACCAUCGUCAUAGAAGAAUUUCAAGGGCAACUCGUGAACCAAGUUUUUGAGGCCGCCAAUGUAUAUUUAGGCACUAUAGUAAACCCAUCAACUCAAAGAGUGAGAUUGAGCAAGGCAGAGAACGAGAAGAGAGUAGAAAUCACCAUUGAUAGGAAUGAAGAGAUGGUUGAUGUUUUUGAAAAUGUACAAGUAAAAUGGAGAUUGAUUUGUACACAGGUUGAUGCAGUAAAUUUCAGACAUCGCCCUGAUCUUAAUGCAACUUUAAGAUCAGAAAUCAAGUCCUAUGAGUUGAGCUUUCACAAGAAACACAAAGAGAAGGUGCUGGGUUCAUACUUGCCAUACAUUUUAGAGAGAUCCAAGGCAAUAAAAGAAGAAAGCAAGGCAAUAAAGCUCCGCACCGUUGCUCCUUAUGAUGGUUGGGACUCAAAUGCAGUCAAUCUCAGCCACCCCAUGACCUUCAAGAACCUGGCAAUGGAUUCAGGCCUAAAGAAAGCAUUAGUGGAGGACUUGGAAAAUUUUCUAAGAGGAGAGGGAUUCUAUAGAAGAAUUGGGAAAGCUUGGAAGCGCGGUUACUUGCUGUAUGGCCCUCCAGGCACAGGCAAGUCAAGCUUGAUCGCGGCCAUUGCUAAUCACUUAAACUUUGACAUAUAUGAUUUGGAUCUAGCAGAUGUCCAAUCUAAUUGGCAUCUAAGGUCUCUCUUGCUUAGCACAUCCAGUAGAUCCAUAAUCGUCAUUGAGGAUAUUGACUGCACUAUCAAGCUCCAAAACAGAGAGGAUGGGGAGGUACAAGACAACUCCCAGAAGGUGACGCUCUCAGGACUUCUAAACUUCAUCGAUGGCCUCUGGUCAUAUUGCGGAGAUGAACGUGUAAUCAUUUUCACAACCAAUCACAAAGAAAGGCUUGACCCUGCUUUACUCAGAGCAGGUCGUAUGGACAUGCACGUCGAAAUGUCAUACUGUACCUUCUCUGCAUUCAAGCAACUAGCUUUGAACUACCAGGGGCUUUGCCACCACCAGCUAUUUGAUCAGAUUGAAGGACUCUUGAAGGAGGUAAAGGUCACCCCUGCAGAAGUUGCUGGAGAGCUGAUGAAGAACACCAAUGCUGAAAUUUCCCUCCACUGCCUUCUCAAAUUCCUUCACAAGAAGAUGGGUGAAUGCACUAAGAUGAUUACUAAUGAGAAUUUAGAAGCAGAGAAGUAAGAAAAGGAAGGGAAAAAAAGAAUGGACCUCAGUUUGAGUCUUCUAACAAGCUUGAAUAUGCAAUACAAUGAGCAAAGAAAAGAUCAAUUGACAUAUAAUUAGCCUACCGAUCUUGAGAGUGAGUGGCGACUGCCACCAAUCAGUUUAAGGUGUUACACAUUAAAAAUUAAUAAUCGGUGGAUUGGGAAGAUAACAGAAUUAACCUUCUACAGAUUUUUACAACAUUUAAGUUUUUUUUCAUCAUGUAUAGUAUAGAAAAAGUUUAAAACGCGUACAACAUAUGAAAGCUUUCAGAUUUAAAAACCAGUACAUUUUGUCAGAAU